UUGCGGAACUCUGCUUUAAAUCCAGCUGAAGACACAAACAGUCUCUCUCACUACAGCAUGCAUCCCAUUCAGGACAAGCAGCCCAAGAAAAGCUGCAUCAGCCUGGGAGUGAAGUGAACACUGAAGCCAGCGAUGUGAGUCACAGAACGGGAUCUGCAAAACCUUGAAGGAGCUCAUUAAUCUUACUGACUUGAAUCCUCUCCUCUGUUUCUGUGUGUAAGAAAAGCAAUGCUCCAGCUUUGUAAGAUCACAGACUCCUUGUUUAUCAGCAAUGCCCGGUCUGCUUGCAGCGAUGAACUGCUCUCCAAGGAGGGGGUCACCAUGUGUAUCAAUGUCUCCAAACAGCAGCCCUUCCCCGGUCUGCGGAUCAGCACCCUCAGAGUUCCUGUUUACGACGACCCCGGGGAAAAUCUCUUCAAGUAUUUUGACCUCUGUGCUGAUGCCAUCGAGAGCACGGCCAACUCUGCUGGCUGCAGUGUGGUUUACUGCAAGAACGGCCGGAGCAGGUCAGCGUCUAUCUGUGUGGCUUACCUUAUGAAGCACAAAGGCUUAUCCCUGCAAGAUGCCUUUGACUCAGUCAGAGCAGCCCGCUCUGUGGUGGAACCCAAUGAAGGGUUCUGGAGACAGCUUCAGAGAUACGAGAGAGAGCUGGAGAGUCGGAGAUCAAUGGCCAGCACCAAUGGAGACUCCCUUAACAAUGGACAGUCUUCCCAGGAGCAGGAGGCAGCGCUGGAUCAACACAAGACCUGAGACUGGGCUACCCCUGGAAAACCAAAACAAGUUGAAGCCGAUUUCACAUUGCCAAUGGGUCACUUUUUAAUUUGCCAGGUUAAUGAUUGGUCUUAGUUCACUGUUGUGGAUUUUAGCCUCUUGUGAAGUCAAUCUACUACCAGGUGAUCAUAUGCAGUAUCUAUGUUUGAUUAAAUAAAUAGGCUACAUUGAGAGGCCAGUGCAUCUGUAUUACAUUUCUAUUUCAUACACAUGUACUAGUGGGUAACCCUGCAGGCACCAGAACAAAUUUUGUAUAACAUGAAGGCUUGAAUGUAGUUGGAAUGGUGACAUGCAACAUCCUAUCAUAUCACAUUCCCAUAUUACAAAUAUGCACACAUCCAAUAUACAUAUGAAUAUACACAAAAGAAUUAAAUAAAAGCACAAUCGUGUUUGUAUUAUAUUGCCUAUUUAAACAAAUCAGGAGACACAGUGCAUAUCAUUCAUGCUCACAGUUGAUUCCCAGAGGGGUUGAAUAAGUAUCCUCAGGUAGGCCACCACACAGCUGACUUUUUUGCCAAUGCUAGUUUUUCACUUUAAGUCUGUCCAUCCUCUUUUUCUCUGACAAACAGCACUUAUUUUUGCCAUACUGAAUUCCAAAUUAAUUGAAAAUAACACUAGCUUAAAAUGUAAAGAGCAAAAUGUGUACAAAGGUUAAAAACAAACAAACAAAAAAAAACUCAAGCAGCAUUCAUUACAAUACCAACUGCCUGUCUAAAACAAAUAAAAGACCACAGUUUAAAUAAAUCUACAUCACAAGGUAGGGUGGCCAAACGUUCCAGUUCAGCCAACAAAGAUCCUGGUGUCCCAACGAUUUGCUAAAAAUCUUAAAGUCCUGGUUUUCAGCAAUCACUAAAUGAUUGUCCUUUUCUUGUAACUUCUUUUUCCUCCCCCACAAAAGCAAAACUUUUGAUGAAAGAGAUUUUUGCUAAAAUUUCAAAAUAUAUUUCAAGAAAUUAUACAUUUCCAUUGGUGUAUGUAAAGUUUUGACUACCACUGUAUGUAAUCAAGCUGUUCCUUUAAAUAGCCCUCUUGUCUA